ACAGUGUUUGCAUCACGGCAGCAUCUGGAAGCUAGUAUUACAGUAGUUAAAGCAGAAUAAAGAAAGAUUUAAAAGAGAUAGAAAGUUCCUAUAUUUCGGAAGCAUGGAGUCCGACCUGUUGCUGCACAUCGCCAACUUCAGCACGCUGUUUAUGUGCAUGGUGCUGAAGUUUCCGCAGAUCUUCGUGCUGAUGAGAGCGAAGAGCUCAACGGGGGUCAGCCUCAACAGUCUGCUGCUGGAGCUCAUCGGAUUCAUAGUUUUUGUAACUUACCAGAUGUACUACAACUACCCACCCCCAACAUACCUGGAAUAUCCCAUCCUCAUUGCUCAAGAUGUCAUUCUCCUGCUCCUGAUUCUUCACUACAACGGCAGCCUGCGGCAGAGCCUGGUCUACGCCUUGCUGUUGAUCGGAGGCUGGAAGCUCCUCACUGUGGAGAGGUGGAUCAUAGAUCUGGCCAUGAGCCUGUGCACAUUCAUUAGUGCAGCCAGUAAGUUCGCCCAGCUGCAGUGCAUGUGGAGGUCCAAGGAUGCCGGACAGGUUAGCGCCCUCUCCUGGGCCAUGGCCACCUACACAUGUAUGGCGCGGAUUUACACAACCACAGUGACGACAGGAGACGUGCAGGUUCUCGUUCGAUUUGUGGCAAUGACUCUGCUGAACUUGUGGGUGCUGCUCACUGUUAUCUAUUACCAACAAAGAAGAAGCAGCUCAAAGAAAGCAGAUUAAAUCCAGGGGGCAACCUGGACGGGCUGUGCUUCGGAGCCCACUGCAUCGCCAAUGAUAUAGGAACAAACAGUCUAACAGGUUAACGGUUACAUUUCAGCUGAAAAGAGAUUCACCCUUUUUCACUGCCAGGGAUUUUACUUAUAUAAAAAAAGUUCUGGUCUUUACCACGUUCUUAAAUGGAUCAAAUCUUACCUUUAUUAUAUAUAUAAAAAAAAAAAGAUUACCGGUAUAUACUUCCAGUAUUUUGAUGAAAAUCUGUUGGUGAAUGAAAACCCUGAUAUUUCCAUAGGAUUAAAGAGGAAAGUUCAAGCCAGGAGCUGCUAAUUAGACCAGGGAUCACACUGAUCAAUAUAUUAACUCCUGGUUUGAACACCAACAGAGCGUACAUGUCUAACAACACAAUGCCAAGAUUGAAGGAAGUCUUAAGAGAAGCAAUGUUUUCUGCUCGUUUUUUCCCCAAGGCAUAAAUCAACAGUAAAGGUCCUUUUCAGUUAACUCUGCGGUCAAACUUUGCAAAGCUCAGAUAAAAUGCAGGAAUCCCAAGAGCUUCAAUGUCUCAGGUAGUUGGUGUCACUUUAGUGCAGGAAAGAUCUGGUCACAGAUUUUAUUGGCAAAAUCUAAAAUGCUUUUUUAGAUAAAUAAAUUCUUGACAUUUAUCAACUAUUAGAAACAAACUAAUGGAGGAUGGUAUCCAUUAACACCUGAUUUGAUGUAAAAAAGUCUUUGGAAGGAAAAAUAUUUUUAUUUUUCGCUUCUACGACAUGUCAUAUUAAUGUUUUGAGAAUAUAAACAAUUUUAAUCACAAAGGGGGAUAUUUUCCUAUGGAAAAACAUCACUAUGAAUGUUACUCGUAGACCACUCUUGGUUAGGUCAUUCAUUCAACAGCAAAGGCUUGGUCCAAACUUGUCAAACCACAGUGGGAAAAACUAUAACUGAAUGUCUGAAAAGGGAGGAAUAACCCAGAGCUGGACUUUGUUUACGUGGCAAUCCAGUUAGAAAUCUCUCAUUUGUUUCUGGCCAUCUUAGUCCUCCAGUUUUUAGUUUUUAUACAUCCAGCCUUCUUGGCUGAGUCAGUUUUUCAAAAGGCGAUCAGUUCUGACCGUCUAUCAUUUUAGAACCUUACAGUAAGUUAUAAUAUUUCGUCAGAAAACUGACUUCAGUAAACAUCUACAUGAAAGAGGGACCACUGUAUUUGAUCAGAGCUCUGACUCUCCUGAUAGCCCAUAAUGAGAUCAGAACCUCAAUCUAUUGAAACAGAUAGGGUAUAAAAAAAAAACACCCAAAACCAUAAAAAGCUAAUAUAUUAAUAUCUACUUUCAAUUUUUGUGUGUUGUUUAUCCCUAAAGAAAAUCAUAGAAAUCCCUGACUCCUAUGAAUAUAGUCUAAGAAAUGGGUCUAAUAAUGUGAACUGGAGCAGUCUGAGCAUCUCGGGUUACAUUUAAAUAAUUUACCGCCUGCUAAAGAACUUAUGAACAGAGAUAGGGUGAACUUACUUCUUCAGAUUUUAUAUAAAUAUACUGAUCAAACAUUCCAAUACUGAUUAUUCCUGUAGCUUUGAAGUAUUUGUUUUUAACCAAAAAGUUUUACCGUCAAAACUCCAGUUUAUUCACAUCUAAUGUUAUUAUCUGUU